UGAAAGGGAGAACAGCGAGCACAGCAACGAGAAGGGGAAUUGGAAUCGUGUUUGGGGAGAAGAACAUCGCAGGGAAAAAAAUGAGCGGAACGGUGAAGAAAGUUACCGAUGUGGCGUUUAAGGUGGGAAAAAACAUUGAUUGGGAUGGAAUGGCGAAGCUUCUCGUCUCCGAUGAGGCUCGCAGGGAGUUCUCGAAUCUUCGUCGCGCUUUCGACGAGGUUAACUCCCAACUACAAACCAAGUUCAGUCAGGAACCUGAGCCCAUCGACUGGGAUUAUUACAGGAAAGGCAUUGGCCCUCGUUUGGUAGACAUGUACAAGGAGCAUUACGAGAGCAUUGAGGUCCCCAAGUUUGUUGACACAGUAACUCCUCAGUAUAAGGCUAAAUUUGACUCCCUGUUGAUUGAGCUUAAAGAAGCAGAAGAGAAAUCUCUGAAGGAGUCUGAACGUUUGGAAAAGGAAAUUGCUGAUGUACAAGAGUUGAAGAAAAAGCUCAGUACCAUGACGGCCGAUGAGUACUUCGAAAAGCAUCCCGAGCUGAGAAAGAAGUUCGAUGAUGAGAUCAGGAAUGAUAACUGGGGCUAUUGAUUUUCAAUUAGCAAAACGUCAGAAUUUGAUGUUUUCCUUGCUGGUUCAAUAAAAACAACUACAUCUAUUUCUUUGUAACUCGGUUCCCUUUUUCAGUUAAAAGGUUUUUGAUAUACAGUGUCGAAUUUUUUGUGGUACUGUAGUUAAUCACAUACGAUUUCACCUUAAAGUGCAGCUUUGGUUGUCCAAAGAAACUGAUAUCUUGUCGUUUCCGUUCCGAGACAAUGUCAAGAAAACGCUACUCUGCGAUUGUCGUUAUAAA